AUGGCCUACCAGCAGUGGUGCUCAGGCAGACAGGCCAAGUGGGCAAUCGCUGGCAUUGCCACUGUGGUUCUGGUGUUCAUCGUCGGGAUGGUCCUAAGCCUCAUCCUGCGAAGGCCAGGCUGUGGGCAGGAUGCCUGUCGCCCCGAUGCGGACAUGCUGGACUACCUGCUGAGCUUGGGCCAGAUCAGCCACCGAGAUGGCCUGCAGGUCACCUGGUACCACGCGGCCAACAGCCAGGAAGAGAUGGGGGCUGCCUUGAACAGCAAUGCCAUGGUCUUGGAGGCUGACGUCACUGUAGAAGGGCUCAACACAGCCAACGAGACAGGCGUCCCUGUCAUGGCACACCCCCCAGCCAUCUACAGCGACAACACGCUGCAGCAGUGGCUGGACGCCGUGCUGUCCUCUUCCCAGAAAGGAAUCAAGCUGGACUUCAAGAGCCUCAAGGCUGUGGGCCCCUCCCUGGACCUCCUGCGGCAGCUGACGGAGGCCGGCAGAGUCCGGAGGCCCGUGUGGAUCAAUGCUGACAUCCUAAGGGGCCCCAACGUGCCUAUCUCAACUGAGGUCGAUGCCACGCAGUUCCUGGCCCUGGUUCAAGAGAAGUACCCUGAGGCCACCCUGUCUCCAGGCUGGACCACCCUCUACGUGCCCCUCUUCCCCAACAGGACGUACACCCGAGACAUGGUGGAGAAAAUGCAGGAGCUGGUGGGGGCACUGCCGCAGAGGGUCACCUUCCCCGUGCGGGCUGUCAUGGCUCGGGCUGCCUGGCCCCACUUCAGCUGGCUGCUGGGCCAAUCUGAGAGGUACAGCCUGACACUGUGGCAGGGCGACUCAGACCCCAUGUCAGUGGACGAUCUGCUCUACGUCCGGGACAACAGCGCGGCCCACCAAGUCUACUAUGACCUCUUCGAGCCUGUGCUGUCGCAGUUCAAGCAGCUGGCCUCGAAUACUACACGGAAGCGAACGUACUACACAGCAGGCAGCCUGAUCCCUCUUCUCCAGCUGCCCGGGGGUGACGGUCUGGAUGUGGAGUGGCUGGUUCCUGACGUCCAGGGCAGUGGAAGAGCAGCAGCAGUGACCUUCCCAGACAGAGCAGGCAUGAUCCUGCUGAACGUUGGCCUCCAGGGAACCGCAGCCGAGGACCCCGUGCCCAUCGUCCAUGCCCCAGGUGGCCCUGUCCUGAUGCUGGAGUCGUGCCUGCUGCAGCUGGCCACACACCCCGGACGCUGGGGCGUCCAUCUGCAAAUUGCAGAGCCUACAGCCCUCCGGCCAUCCCUGGCCUUGCUAGCACGCCUCUCCGCCCUUGGCUUCCUGCCUCGGCCUGUGUGGGUUGGGGCCACUAUCUCCCAUGGGAGUUUUGUGGUCCCUGGCCACGUGGACGGCAGAGAGUUGCUUACAGCUGUGGCGGAGGUCUUCCCCCACGUGACCGUGGCACCAGGCUGGCCUGCAGAGGUGCUGGGCAGUGGCUACAGGGAACAGCUGCUUACGGAUAUGCUGGAGCUGUGCCAGGGGCUCUGGCAACCUGUGUCCUUCCAGCUGCAGGCCAGGCCAUUGGGCCAGAGCACAGCUGGAGCAGUGGCCAGGCUGCUGGCAGCCUCUCCCCGGGCCACGGUCACAGUGGAGCACAGCUCUGCCGGGGGUAACUACGCCUCUGUGAAGGCAGCGCUGCUGGCAGCAAGGGCCGUGGACAGGACCCGAGUCUACUACAGGCUGCCCCAGGGCUGCCGCGAGGACUUGCUGGCAGAUGCUGGCAGGAACUGA